AUGCAGUUUGGCGUCAGUCAUCAGCAGAGGGGAGUACUUGCUACCCAGCUUCUUUCAUACAUAAUGCUUUUCUAUAAGAGCAUCGUCACUAGAUCCUAUCCAAACAACGCUUUCGGCUUCCGCAAAGAAUAUCUCCCACCACGCGGGCAACCGAGCAACUGGGAAUAUGUCACACUGGCACAUGCCCAGAUUCCGGGGUUAGGUCUGGGGAAGUGAAUAAAGUGGGUAAGUGAAGGCUUAAAAGAGUUUGAAUCAUGACCAGAUGAGGAGUAUCGCAGUCGUCUACCCCACGUUCCUCCCCGGCAGAUUACCAUUGUCCAAUUGCGUCUCGACAGGAUAAAUGCCGAAUUGAGGGACCCGAGAUAUGUAAUGGCUAGCUGUCUAUUUGAUUGACAAGCAGCAUAACAAGUCUCCCCUCUCCAGACGAGCCUCAGGGUCGGAGUGGAUAUAACCACCAACUCCUUCGCCUUGCCUACUACCUAAGUCGAAGCCUACACGACUCUUCGUGUGUGCUUCUAGACUUCCUAGGGGCGUCCGGUUACUCGUUGUCGUUAUCAUUAUCAUGUUGUUCGAUCAACUCUUGGCUGGCCUUAGGCCUAGUAACAGGGGGGAAUUAUUCAGCCAUAUUUCCGUGUGGCACCUGAUCACGUCGAUUCUAUUAAUCGGUGGGAUUACUCUGGUAAUCGAUUAUUCCUAUAUGCUAUACAUGCGUUCCAAACUUCCCCCUGGCCCCUUUCCCUGGCCUGUCGUUGGCAACACGUUUAUGCUUCCGGACAGUAAGCCAUGGAUCUGGUUCGAGGAGCUGUCGAAGAAACAUGACGCGUCUCUAAUUACGAUAUGGGUCGGACGGAACCCAACUAUCUGGAUCAAUGAUGCGUGGGCCGCAUCGGAACUUUUUGAGAAACGUGCGGGCAUAUACUCUUCGCGACCACGGAUGCUCGUAUUUGCAGAGCUAGGUGCUGGCCAGGACAAUUUGUUAAAUAUGUAUACGACAAGUCCCGAGCAGCGCGACCGGUGGCGCGUUCACCGUAAACUUAUACACCACGGCGUUGGCGUGCAAUCUGUCCGCAGGUAUCGGGAGUUCCAGAACAACGAGAGCCGAGUUGUCGCGUACGAUCUGCUCAAGGGCCCUAAUGAUUACGUUAAGCAUUUUGAGCGGUAUGCCACAAGCGUCGUUUCAAUUAUAGCCUUUGGGCGGCGCGUUGAGAGUUGGGACGAUCCUAUCAUCACUGAGGUCAUCGCCAUGAUGCACCUGGCUGCCGACCUGAAUGUCCCUGGCAAAACGUUCCCAAUGCUUAUGGAGACGUUCCCUUGGCUUGCCAAGUUCCCCAACGAGAUUGCCCCCUGGAAGUAUGGUCUGGGCAAGAAACGUGCUUUCCAUUUCUUCUAUGCCCUUGCGGACGAGGCGGCCAAGAAGGAGGGCCACAAGGACUCAUUCGUGAAUCAUCUUUUCUCCGAAAGCCCCAAAUAUAACCUCAAGGAAGCCGAGAUUUCAUCUUUGACUGGAAACUUGUUUGGAGCCGGAUCCGACACUAGCAGUAGUACUUUGAUUACAUUCAUUCUAGCUUGCUGCGCAUUUCCGGAGGCACUGGAGCCAGCAUGGGAAGAACUUGAUCGCGUGGUCGGCCCAUAUCGGAGUCCGAGCUGGGAAGAUGAAGAUAAAUUACCUUACAUCAAGGCGUUUGUUAAGGAAGUGCUGCGAUGGCGUUCUGUAGCUAUCAUUGGAGGGCAGCCACACGCGCCGACACAGGAUGACUACUAUAAGGGUUGGCUAAUUCCUAAGGGUGCUUGGAUCCAAGGAAAUGUUUGGGCGAUUCAUCACAACGACCGUGAAUUCCCCGACCCCGAUCGAUUUAACCCACACCGAUUCCUCCCCGGUCAUCCAGACAGUCGACCGUUCCCGGGAGAAAGGGGCUACAUGACCUUCGGGUGGGGCCGGAGGGUCUGUUCGGGACAAGCGCUAGCUGAGCAAGGGACUUGGAUCACGGUAGCUAGGAUACUGUGGGGCUUUAAUAUCCAGAAGAAGAAGCGUGCAGACGGCAGCACAGUUGAACUUGAUAUCUUUAAUUACACGAACGGUCUCAACAUGAGGCCUCAGCCAUUCGAGUGCAGCAUUACGCCACGCAGCGAAGACAUCCGGCAGACAAUAGAACGGGAGGGUAAACAGGGGCUUACGGAGUUGGAGCAGUAUCGCGGAGAAUCUAAAUAUCGAAUGUCGACGUUUUAUUCUAGAAAUAACUUGGCAAUGGACUUGUAUGGGGGGGAUGAGAAAGGAUCACAAUGAUGACUAUACGAAGUACUGCCGCUUUAAUUGAAAUAUUAGGAGGCUGGGAGUCAGUGGCUGCAUAUUUACACCCUGACCCCCACACGCAUGUAGGCAACCUACUUCUAACAAAGCAAUUAUGACA